GGUAAAAUUCAACCAACUAUCUUUAUCACAUUCAUGCUAUUAAAUUUAUAUACACACAUUUAUAAAAUGAGAAAUUAGAGAAAUUUUGUGUGAAUACUAUUGUUGCAUAUUGCCGCCUCCCCCCACAAAUGUUGACUCCAUCUGCAUUCUACAAAUACUGAAAUAUACUGUCCAUUUAAAAAAAAAAAAAAAAAACUGAAAGCUCAUAGCUCUCCAGUGUCCACGUGUCCUUCAACCAGUGGCUGACAUGAUCCCCAAGCUGCAUGCCAUAUAUCCAUUUCGAUAAGAUAUGGCGAUAAACCACUGUAAAAAAAUUUGACAAAUUUAAACAAAAAGGAAAAGGAAAAAUUCUCCCUCCCUCCUCUUCAAAUUGGCGCCGGAGAAGCUGCCUCCGAUGGCCGUGGCCAAUUCCCUCGACUGGUCACUCGCCGCCACAAUCACCAGAAAAACCGUCCAAUUUACUCACCACUCCGCCUCCAAAACCAAAAUCGGCUUCCGCUUCAUCUCCAUCCUCUUCCUCAAUCCGAAUUCAAAUUCGUCGAGAGCAGCAAGAGCAGAUCCCUCGGCGGUUAUCGAAGACGACGCGGCGGUCGGAGACUCUCCGGUGAUCGAGCUGGCGCUGAAGCUCGAAGACUUCCACCAUCUCCCCGAAGACGACGCCGACUGCAAGGAACUCAAUUCCAUAAUCUGCAGCUUGUUCAAGGAUCCCCAAACUGAGCAUCUCGCCUACGACUACUACCGGAAGGCGAAGACGAAGCCGGGCUUCAAACCGCAGAAAUACACGAUGAAGCUCGCCGUCAGGUACUUGAUCCGUACCAAAAACUGGAGUUUGUUGGUUUCCUUCUGUCAGGAUCUCAAGGAAUUCCAAGUUUUGCCUGAUAAAUCAACCAGCUGUAGAUUGAUUGCGGCUUGCGUCAAAGCUAGGAAAUUCAAAAUUCUUAAUCAUCUUCUCCAGCUCUUCAUGGAUAAUAACGCAGAGAUGGCCGUUUUAGCCUUCGAUUCCGCCAUGAAAGGCUACAAUCAGCUGCAUAUGUACAGCAGCAGCGUUGCUCUGUAUCAGAGAAUGAGAUCUGCCGCUCUGAAUCCCGACGCCGCCUGUUACUGUCGAGUGAUGGAGGCCUACUUCAAAAUGGGGAACUUCCAGAAAUCCGUAGCCAUCUUCCAAGAGUUUGAGAAGAUGAAAUUGAAGGUGAACGAGUCGUCUUCCACAAAUCAUUCUCGGAUUUAUUGCAUUCUCUGCGAGGCAUUAGGCAAAUUGGAGAAGCCAUUCGAAGCACUGGAGUACUUCAGAGAGAUGGGGAAGAAGGGGAUCGAAGAAGACCACUCUCACUACUCCACAUUGAUCAGCUCCUUCGCGAAUGCCGGUGAAUUAGGCAUGGCGGAGGAGCUGAUGCAGGAGGCCGAGAGCAAGAAAAUGCUGAGAGAUCCCGCUCUCUUCUUGAAGCUAGUUCUCAAAUAUGUCGAAAAGGGGAUGAUGGAGAAGACACUAGACGUCGUUGCAACCAUGAAUCGCGUAAACAUAAGAGUCUCCGACUGCAUCUUCUGCGCGAUUGUGAAUGGAUACGUCAAGAAAAGAGGAGGCCGAGCUGCAGUCCAAGUGUAUGAAGAUCUUGUGGAGCAAGGGCUGGAGCCAGGGCAAGUAACCUACGCCUCUGCUCUAUCCACCUACGUUCGCCUCGGGCUGUAUCCCAAGGCGGAGAUGGUGUUUGCAGAGAUGGAGAAGAAAGGGUUCGACAAAUGCGUGGUGGCCUACUCCAGCAUGGUGGCGGCCUACGCCAAGAUGGGGCGAAACCGCGAUGCCACGAGGCUCGUGGCUAAGAUGAAGGAGAAGGGGUGUGAGCCGAAUGUGUGGACUUACAACUCCCUCCUCGAUAUGCAUGGGAAGAACUUGGAGUUGAAGAUGGUGGACAAGGUAUGGAAGGAGAUGAAGAGGAGGAAGAUCGAGCCGGACCGCGUGAGCUACACCACGGUGAUCAGCGCGUACCACAAGGCGAGGGAGCUGGACUUGUGCAUCAAGUAUUACGAGGAGUUCAAGGCUCGUGCCGGGGCGGAGAUUGACCGGGCGUUGGCCGGGAUCAUGGUGUCGGUGCUGUCGAAGACCAACCGCGUCGACGAGCUGGUUGAGCUGCUGCAGUUGAUCAAGGCUCAGAAGACUAAUUUGGAUGAGAGAUUUCAUAGAUCAGCUAUGAAUGCGCUCACUGAGGCAGGCCUUCAAGUGCAAGCAAAAUGGCUCCAAGAAAACUUUGAGUAUUCUUGAUUUCUUGCCAUAUACUUUGUGUGUUAGUCUUUUGCACAUAUAGAUAUGACAUGGUUGGAUUCAGAAAUUGGCUUUGAAGACUUUACUCUUUCAGUUUGAUCGAUGAAUAUAACUUGAAUUUGAAUAGGGUGGAAAUACUGAUACAUAUUACAAGCAUGAUAGAAUUGUUAUUGGACUUUUAUUUUGGUGGAGAUGUAAUGACUUUCUCCCACAUCGAAUGUAUAAAUGAAAGAAUGGGAGAAAACAUUGUAUAAAAGCUUGGCCCAUUACUUGGAAAACUCAUACCUUUCUCGGCCUUUUGGCUAA